AUGUACUAUGCCGUGGAUCUUGGUAACAAGAAGGAAAAACGUAUGCAGAAUGUUGUCUGGAUCGAUCCCAAGGGUAGAAAUGAUUAUGAACAUUUCUUUGACGUAGUUUUCUUCGAUACCAGCUACUUAGGAAAAGGAUACACACUUCCCUUCCUACCUGUGGUUGGGGUGAAUCAUCAUUCCCAGCACAUUUUGCUUGGCGGUGCACUGAUUGGAGAUGAUCUUCUUUGUCUUUUCUUUUGCUUGGUUGAUGCGCACUUGGCUAAAAGCUUAGCAGCAGAAAAACUCAAAAUGCUGGAUGCGUCAAAAGAAUACAUAUUACAAAUAUCUUAUUUCUUAAAGGGGUGUAAAAAGCAUGCAAGACCUUCCUGUCUUUCAGUUGAACAUUUCAAUUCAAUUUUGACACAAGUUGGUCAUUAUGCUUCUCAGCAGAGUACUGAGUUGAGAAAUAUGGAUCUUUGUGGUUUUGUGUCACAAAAUGUAUCAUAA